CUAGAUAAAUGUUAAACCUGUCUUCACACACUUUACAUCUGGCAACCCUGUCCUUCGGAUCCACCUCUCCUUCUCUCCUUUUUAUAUAUUUGUGGUUAUUUAAAGUUGAAAAUUCUAAUUAUUCCUGUUGACCAGGAUAUGGAGUGUCGAAAGAUGCCAAUACUUUGGGUGCUGUUGACCCUAAUUGCCUCUUCCUCUUCAAGCUCUGCAAAAACGCGGCGAGGUGGACCAAGGUUUAACGCAGGGAAGACGUACAAAUACAGUUACACCGUGGAACUCCAGUUAGACAAAGGAGAAACGUCUGUUGAUGAGAGUGCCGGAUUUAAAAUUGUGUCCAACGUCAAUGUUGACUUGUUGUGGAGAAACUCAAGCAAUGAAGAUGACCAACUUAUUCAAAUAGCGAUAACUGAUGUCAAACUUGAAAAUGUGAGUGAACGAACAGAUGACAAAAACAUCUUUAAAGAUGCCAACGGAGAAGGAAUCCUGGGGAAACGGGAUCUGGCAACCUUGAAGAAUCCAGUCCUCCUCCACUGGAUCAAUGGGAAGGUGAAUACCUUUUACUCAUUUUCAAAUGAGCCAGUGGUGCUUCAGAACAUCAAGAGAGGCCUGGCCAGCUUGUUCCAAGUACAACUCAAAUCCACAACUGCCACUGAGGUUGACGUCUCUGGGAAGUGCAAGGUUAACUACCAGCAACACCAUCAGCAGCUCACCAAAGUGAAGAAGCUGGACAGCUGCAAGAUGGCAAGGAGAGGGUUCACCAGUCACACCAAGGUUUUAGGAGUUAAUACCACGUCACUAUCAGUGAGCAUUUACGUAAUGGAGAAGAAUUUAAUCCAUUCAGUAUUAUCGGAGGAGCAUUAUCUGAUAUCUCUCAAUCUUUGGCAAGAACUUGCGGUUAAAAUUGUAUCAAUACAGAAGUUGGAGUUUCUAAUGAUAGCACCCGGACAGAAAGAAAUCCACGGAGAUCUGAUUAGCAGUCUUAUUAAUUCGGUGAAUCCCAAGUAUGUCCCCAUCUCUCUGAUUUCUGGAGUCGUCAAAGCAGGAUGCAAAGGAUGUCCUUCACUUGCUGAAUACUGGCAGUCUAUUCGCAUUCAGCUGGAGCCUGAGAAACUCGCCAAAGCAUCUGCCUCAAGGAACUUCUUAACUUUGAUUCAGGCUCUGAGAAAAGCUAAGAAGGAAGAGAUCCUGCAAAUCCUGAGAAAUGAGAGUGAUAGCAUACUCCCCCCAUUAGUCGAUGCUGUGACCUCUGCUCACACUGCUGCUUCUUUGGCAGCGAUGCUGGAGUUCCUGGAUUUUCGAAAUGACAGCAGCUUCAUCCUGCAGGAGAGGUUCCUGUAUGCCUCUGGCUUUGCCCCUCAUCCCACAGAAGAAUCGCUCAAAGCCUUAAUGGGAUUACUUAAUGAAAAAAUUGGGAGUAACGAUAUCCGAGAAACUGUUGUUAUUAUCAUCGGGGCCCUUGUCAGAAAAUUCUGCAAGAAAGGACAGUGUGAACUACCGAUAGUGAUUAAAGCAAAAGAAAUGAUACUGGAAGGGGCAAAAGCAGCGACAACGGAAUCUGAGAUUCUGAUGUACCUUCUUGCUUUGAAGAACGCCCUCCUUCCUGACGCAGUUCCCAUUUUACUGAAACAUGCGGAGGCUGGCUCUGGACCUGACAGCAACAUUGCAGUCUCUGCUAUCCAGAAAUAUGAGCAGCAAUUCAUCACAGAGGAGGUGAAAAAGGUGAUGAACAGGAUCUACCAUCAAAGCCAGGGAAUUCAUGAGAAGACAGUGCGUGUGGCUGCUGCAGAUGUCAUCUUUAACAACAACCCCUCAUACAUGGAGGUUAAAAACAUUCUCCUCUCCAUCAGCGAACUGGUGCCUGAGAUGAGCAAAUAUUUACUCGCAAGGAUUCAGGAUAUUCUCCGCUUUAAACUUCCGGGCAGUGACAUGGUGUGGACGGUUCUGCAAGACACCGCUGUCCACAACUACGACCGUUUCUCCAAGAUUGGUUCCUCAUCGGCCUACUCGGGAUACAUAAAACAGGGCACUGACUCUACAUCCACCUACAGCCUGGACAUCUUGUACUCGGGCUCGGGCAUCCUGAGAAAGAGCAACAUGAACAUUUUUGUCCUCAGCCAGGAAUCACAACUGCACGCUACCCAGGUUGUGAUUGAAGCUCAGGGAUUGGAGAGUUUAAUAGCUGCCGCACCAGAUGAAGGGGAGGAGAAUCUCGAGUCCCUGGCCGGUAUGUCUGCUGUGCUGUUUGAUGUCCAGCUCAGGCCUGUCAACUUCUUUCGAGGCUACAGCGACUUAAUGGCCAAGAUGUUCACCACGACCGGCGAGCCAAUGAGUGUGGUCAAAGGGCUCAUUCUGCUCAUCGAUCAUUCCCAGGUCCUUCCAUUACAGUCGGGACUGAGAGCAGCCGUGGAUUUCCAAGGGGGUUUGGCCAUUGAUAUCUCAGGUGGAAUGGAGUUCAGCCUAUGGUACCGAGAGUCUAAAACCACCGUCAGCAACAGGGGUGCAAUGGUUCUAGUUGGCAACGUCACGGUGGACUCAUUGUUUGUGCGGAGCGGGCUGGAAGUGAGUGUGGAAACGGAGGCUUUGCUCGAUUUCGUCUCCACGGUGAAGUUCUCUGAGUACCCGUUCCUUGUCUGUAUGCAGAUGGUCAAAGAUCAGUUUCCUUUCAGGCAAUUUGUGACCAAGUAUGAAAGCUUAUCAUCAGGAAAAUCCUACACCUCUCGGAAAGGCAGGAAAUCGGUGGUACCUGGAUCAGAAUUCCCUCUCCACCAGGAAAACUCAGACAUGUGCAGAAGGGUGUUUGCAAUGGAGUCGGACUCGUCAGAAUGGUUCUGAGAUGUGAUUUAUGAGAAGGGGGAUGGAUGGGGGGGGGGGGGCGGGGGAGAUAAAAGGAAGCUUUCUGUCACUCAACACAGAUGCUGCAGAGGGAAGAUACAGAAAUAAAACUAAACCAGAGAUUAGAGGAAGCUGGCAUCAGAUGCCCAGUAACUAGGGGAGUCAUUCAAAAUGUGAAAAGUGGUCUCUCUGUCUGCCUGUCUGUUGCAGCGAUUUUUUAAGCCCUUAUGAAUGAAUAAUUUUAAUCAAAGCUGACGGUAGGAAACAGUCAAAACAAGAAACAUUUGCAUUUUUAUUGCGCAUUUCGUAUCUCAUUCACAGAAUCCCAAAGUGGUUUGCAAUGAAUCCUUGUAAUGUAGGUAACACAGCAGCCAAUUUGUCCAUAGCAAGUUCCCACAAACAAGCACUGAGGUAACACCGUGAUAGCCUGCUUUAGUAAUGUUGAAGGCGAGGUAUAGCUGGUAGAGCUGGUCACAGCGCCAAAGACCCGGGUCAAUCGUUACCUUGGAUGCUAUCUGUGUUGAGAUUGCAUGUUCUCCCUGUGACCAACUGGGUUUCCUCCCUCAUCCCAAAGACGGGUGGGUUUGUAGGUUAAUUGGCCUCUAAAAUUGUCUCUAGAAGUGGAUGAAAAUAGAAUAACAUAGACCUAGUGUGAACAGAGCCAUUCAGCAAUACGUUAAUACAGGCAGCUAGAGAGAUAGGAAACAAGUGAGGGAAGGGCAAAAGCUGAAAUAUGCAGUUCAAAUCUUGCUGAAACAAGGAGAAUGUUGGACAUAGAAACACAAAGAACUGCAGAUGCUGGAACCAUGAGCAUAACACAAAGUGAUGGAGGAACUCAGCGAGUCAGGCAGCAUCUGUGGAGGGCUACGUUUUAGGUCGGGACCCUUCAGUCUGAUUUUCAGAUGCCAUUUUUGUUCUGGACCCUACUUCGGAUUGAAUCGUCUGAGGAAGGAUCCCGACCCAAAAUGUCGUCUGUCCAUUCCCUCUACAGGCCUGCUGAGUUCCUCCUGAACCUUUUGUUUGCCAGAAAUGAUGUUUAAUUAGUUUUAGUGGAACCCUUUCUGGACCAUGGAAUCGUGAACACAUGGUACAGAAGGAACACACCAGCUUACACAUGCUGAAUGAGUGAUGUGUCUUCCAGAGCAACUGGCUUCCAUUCCAUCUUUUGGGCUGGUUUCACAACUCUGGGAACUGUGUAGCGUUGAUCCAGAGUCUUUUGCAAAGGGUGAACACUGCCAAGAAAGGAAGGUCUUCCCUUCUACUAAAGAGUCUGAAGAAGAGUCCCGGACAGAAACUAGUUGUGUCCAUUCCUUCCACAAACCUGUUGAGUUCCUCCAGCACUUUGGGUUCUGCUCAAGAUUCCAGCACCUGCAGUUCCUGGUGUCUCCUCCCACACCUGUCCACCUGAAGUUGAGUACGGGCAUGUGUCCAGCCGGAGGCCAUGGCCUAGGGUCAGUCAACUGGACAAAUGCCCAGGAUCCAGGGAGUGUGUUACUGAACGAUGGGCAGCAACAGGGCGACACAGUGGCGCAGCGGUAGAGUUGCUGCCUUAUGGCACCAGUGACACGGGUUCGAUCCUGACUACGGGUGCUGCCUGUGGGGAGUUUAUCCUUUUUUCCUGUGUCCGCAUGGGUCUUCUCUGGGUAUUCCGGUUGCCUCCCACAUUCCAAACACACGCAGGUUUCAUUUGCUUCUGUAAAUUGUCCCAAAUAUGUUGGAUAGAACUAGUGUACAUGGUGAUUAAUAGUGAUGACAUGGACUCGGUGGGCUGAACAGCUUGUUUCCGCGCUGUAUCUCUAACACCAGUCGGGUAGUGAGGUGAACUCUUUCAGACUCUCUCCAGCCACGUGCAGCACAGCAUUAUGGAUGAUGACUCUGGGUUUCUCUUUGGAUGGAAAGGGUCUCUGAGCCAUGGUAAUCAGGAUCCAACAUAGACAAAGAUUUAAAUAGAGAAUUAACUCACCAUAAAUACGUACCUCCCUGCAAGACACAAAGUGCUGAAGAAACUCAGCUGGCCAGGCAGCAUCUAUGCAGGGAGUGGACAGAUGACGUUUCAAGUCGAGACCCUUCUUCAGAGGAGAAUCUUCUUAUAACUCCCAGGCUGACGUUUAGAAUUAUUUUUCAAUUUGGAUGACUUCACUUUCCCUUCAAGGCUGUACGUGUUAAUUUAAUACCUUUGUGAUGUUUACUUUUUUAUUGUGUAUUUAAAGUUUUAUUUUAUGUAGGUGGAAAUUGAACGGCUUCCAGUUCAGGGGUUAAAACUGUUGUAAAUUCAGACAUAGGCAAUUAUGUAAUUGAAAAUAAAAUAAGUCGGGGAAAGAGCAUGGUUUGUACAGAGAGGUAAUUUGACAGCAAUAUUUGGGCUCUUGUACUAUAGCAAUGUGAAAAGUGUUGUUUACAAUCGUCCUGUGACAUUUAGUGGAAUGUCCUUUUUUAAAAGAUCACAGCUGUGAGUGUGUGCUUUCUGAGCCAGUUCCUGCAAACAUUUCCUCACGAAGACACAGAACCGACACAACCAGCCAUUUGGGCAUCUGGUUUGAUGUGGCUAAUAGUGGCCAGGUAUAUUCACAUAACCUCCAAGCUCUCACCUCUGACCCACCACCCACAGCCAAACAGGAAACAGCAGGCUCUCUGUUAUCCAAUUGGGUGAUUCUCAAUCAUGCAGCCCAUCAUCAAUAUUUUUAUAAUGAAUAAUAAAAAGAAAUCAAUGAAAAUAAGAAUAAUGCUUGUCUGUUCUCUGUAUGUUUUCUGUCCCAAUGGAGGCCUGUAAAUAAAUCUUUAGACUA